AUGGCCAAAGGGUGUGCUACGUCUUUCUGUGCCAUUAAAUCCGUCAGAGCUAUGUGCCCACACCAUAUGUGCAAAGCGCACUGUGUUAUAAGUGGUGGAUGUUCUACCCAUGGCUUUCCGUCUGCUCAGUCUGAAUCAGCACCCCCAGUGUCAGCCACAUGUCUCACAUCAACUGAAAGUGACGUUCUCAAUGAUUUCUUGCUCGACACCGAUCCUGCCGGUGGUCCGGACCCAUUGUCUCACCUGCCUGUCCCUGCCAUAGGUCUUGAUGGCACCGCUCAUGAAGCAUUGGCUGCCGAAGCACCCCCCUCAGUGUCGCAACCUCCCUUACCACUCCUAGGUUCUGCUGCAACGAAGAUCCUCGCUUCACACCCAAGUUCUUCACAAUCAGCACACCAGACCCUUGAUCCUUGUCUUAGUACUCAACUUAAUGAUACAUGGCUCACUAUGCAUACUGAACAUGAGAUUCUCAAGACGGAGCACCAGCGUCGCAUGGAGAUGAAGAGGACUCAUGAGCAGUGCCUGAAAGGUCGCUUUAUAGUCAACUACUGGGAUGAGAGCAAUGCUGAUCCCAUCUCUGUGACGGGAUAUGAGAAGUCUACGGUCUGCUCUUUGUCCGACCACCACGAUCUCCUUCGAGCACUUAGCCCCAACCUUGGCGAUGUCGAAUACUACGAUACGAAACUUCGCAGGUGGAUACUGGACAACUGGGACCGUCCUCUUGUCGGAUCCUGGGCCAUCCAUUCAACAUUCUGA